AUGUUGCUCCCCCGGCCCCAGGUCCUGUCGGCGCUCCUCGUCCUGCUGCUGGCUGCCGGACGCUGCACCGCGGCCGCCCUGCUCAGAGGCUCCAGCACCAGGGCGGAGGGGCGUGUGGAGGGCCGCAGCAUGGUGGAGCUGGUGGGCCGGCCCCCAAGGGCCCGGGCCGAGACCAGGACCGAGACCAGGACGGAGGCGACGGUGGCACUCGGCGGGAAAGAGAGCGUGAACAGGUCACAACAUGGAAUAGAGAAUCAUCCUCGAGAUCCACGGCACAAGGAGAAGUUCAUCACACACCUGACAGGUCCUCUCUACUUCAAUCCAAAGUGCAAGAAACAUUUCAACAGACUGUACCACAACACCAGGGACUGCACCGUACCCCUCUUUUACAGAAGAUGUGCUCGUCUGCUGACUCAACUGGCCAACAGCCCCCGCUGCACCGAGAGGUAGACACCCGCCUCUGGACAGGCCGUGUUGCCGUGACGACGAGGAGGGUGGAUCAUCGUGGCGUUUCCCAACGAGCAGCUGAUGUUUCCCGGCCAAUAGAAAGACUCUGAGCUCAUCACCUGCAGUUUCUUCUUCUCUUCUUCUUUGCUCUGCUUCUCUCGUCCUCACUCUCUGAGUCCGACGUGUUUCAGAACGAAACCUGUAAUAUCAAUGUUUAAUGUGAGAAGAAGAAGCAGUUAGAAGUCCAGAGGGGGAGGAGCCUCAGGUUUAAUGUGAUGUUAGCGAUGAUGACUCAUCACGUCCUGAUAGCUCCGUCAUAUUUUUCGUAUGGUCCAUGUCCUACCUGUUAACAUGGAGGACGCCGGGUUUAGGCCAUGUACUGCAGUCAGCCACCAGGGGGUGAUUGAGCUUUAAUUUCAUCCAUCUUUAUUUACUAAUCAGAGACAUGUAGGGUGCAUGUUGUGGAUCCACAUGUGUGUAGAUAGUAAUCACACGUGAUUCAUGCUUAAUAAUAACAUAACUGAUCGCUGCCAUCUCCUUUUUGUUUUGUUAAACGGACACAGAUGAGAAGAGGAAGUGAGUGAGCAGGUCAGAGGUCAGAUCUCAGUGUGGACAGAUGUUCACAGCAGGUGUGAAUCAGGUUGAGCUGGUUACAGAUGUGUUUAGAGUGCAGGUGUGAACAGAGUCUGUUGUGUCUCUGUGUUUGGUCUCCUCCUCCUGAGGCUCUGCAGCUGCUCCAGAUCCACUGUGUCCUCCAGAUGUUUGUUAGUGGACAGAGGCUCUUUACAGAUGUUUACAGAUGUUUACAGAUCAGUUGCAUUAAGAUUCAGACGAUGAUUCUCUUCAGCUUCACUCCAUUCCCUCUUCUCUUUGAUCUCUUCUCGCUUCUACUCGACUACACUCUCUCUCCGGUGGACGUCAGCCACACUCACCUCAGCUCUGCUGGUUUCUACCGGACUCUACUGGUCCCAACAGGGAACUGAUCUCAAGCCUCUCCAGCUCGGACUGAGCAAAACAUGGAUUUGUAUUUCUCUGACGUGAACGCUGAUCUGGAGGAGGAUCUACUGGUUUCUAUUGGAGUGUGAACUGGGUUCUGCUGCUGCUCUGACAUCAGGAAACAAAGCUGAAGAAACGUUAACGUGGACGAGCGUCUCAGAUUUGAUGGAAACUUAAAUAACAUUUGACUUUGGACAAAUGUUCCGACUGGAGCACAGCUCUGCCUCUGUCGUCCUGUGGCAGAAACAUCAGAGAUGCUGAAUGUAUUUCAUGUUGCAUGAUGCAUAGCAAUAAUAAUAAUAAUAAUAAUAAUAAAGUUGCAGUGUAUUUAUACAGUUGAAGCUGCCGUCACGUGUGCAGAGCAGAGCCUCCUGCAGCUCUGUGUGCAAUAUGUACAUAUGAAGAGGAAUAAAGUCACACGUUUGAUAUA